AGGUUGCGAGCAGUUCAGUCCGUUUUCCCACUACCCCGCCCCCCUUCCUCUUUUCUCCCCACCCCUCACGUCUCAGCCCCGUGGAGGAUGAAGCGGCUGCAGUGGCCCCAGCCCCAGCAGCGGCACCAGCGGUGGCUGCGGUGGGGGUGGCCGGAACUGGGGUGGUGAAGAAGCGGUGGCGGCGGCGGCCGUGGCGGUGGCUGAAGGAGCAGCAGCCGCCCCAGCCGCUUCCCCUGUGCUUCCCUUCCUCUUGAGUGCAGCCAGGAAGUUUUUCGCUUCUGUGCAUGUGUGUGUGCGUGAGUGUGGGUGUGUAAGGUGAAGAUUUGGGCGGCGUUUGUGCAGGCGUUGGUUUUUUUUGCCCACUUCUCUUCCCGUAACCCGGGUAGCUCCCGAGCCUGGGCUGUGGCCCGAAGAGGGGGCGCGGCGGCGGGCUCUCUCCUUUUGUUGUUGUUUCCUCCGCCUGGGGAGCUGAAGAGGGGACGCGCCUGGGUGGGGCGGCUCGGAGCCCGGGCCUGGUGGCCCCCGGGGCUCCCGGGCGGGCAGGGUAGGGCAGAGUAGAGCGGGCUUCAACAUGAUGGCGGCCGAGGCCGGCAGUGAGGAGGGCGGCCCGGUCACCGCCGGGGCAGCAGGAGGCGGCGGGGCCGCGGGCUCCAGUGCCUAUCCGGCAGUGUGUCGGGUGAAGAUACCCGCCGCCCUGUCUGUGGCAGCCGCCCCCUUUCCUGGGCUGGCUGAGGCUGGAGUGGCCGGGACUCUGGGUGGCGGAGCCGCUUUGGGGUCAGGGUUCCUGGGACCCGGGUCUGUGGUGGGGGCACUGGGGGGAGCCGGACUGUCAGGGGGAGGUGCUGCUGCUGGCGUGGCUGGUGCUGCCGCCGCCGGACCUGGCGGGGAGAUGGCUUUCACCAAGGGGACUACUUCGUUGCCUGCUGAGACCUUCGGGGCAGGCGGCGGAUUCCCUCCUUUGCCGCCGCCUCCUCAGCUGCCCCCUUUGGGCGCGGGCCUGGGAACAGUGGACGAAGGUGACUCUCUAGAUGGACCAGAAUACGAGGAGGAAGAGGUGGCCAUCCCGCUGACCGCUCCGCCAACUAACCAGUGGUAUCAUGGAAAACUUGAUAGAACUAUAGCAGAAGAACGCCUCAGGCAGGCAGGGAAGUCCGGCAGUUACCUUAUAAGAGAGAGUGAUCGGAGGCCAGGGUCCUUUGUACUUUCAUUUCUUAGCCAGACAAAUGUUGUCAACCAUUUUAGGAUUAUUGCUAUGUGUGGGGAUUACUACAUUGGUGGAAGACGUUUUUCUUCUCUGUCAGACCUAAUAGGUUAUUACAGUCAUGUUUCCUGUUUGCUUAAAGGAGAAAAAUUGCUUUAUCCAGUUGCACCUCCAGAGCCAGUAGAAGAUAGAAGGCGUGUUCGAGCCAUUCUCCCUUACACAAAAGUACCAGACACUGAUGAAAUAAGUUUCUUAAAGGGAGAUAUGUUCAUUGUUCAUAACGAGUUAGAAGAUGGAUGGAUGUGGGUUACAAAUCUAAGAACAGAUGAACAAGGUCUUAUUGUUGAAGACCUAGUAGAAGAGGUGGGCCGGGAAGAAGAUCCACAUGAAGGCAAAAUAUGGUUCCAUGGGAAAAUUUCCAAACAAGAAGCUUAUAAUUUACUAAUGACAGUUGGUCAAGUCUGCAGUUUUCUUGUGAGGCCAUCCGAUAAUACUCCUGGUGACUAUUCACUUUAUUUUCGGACCAAUGAAAAUAUUCAGCGAUUUAAAAUAUGUCCAACACCAAACAAUCAGUUUAUGAUGGGAGGUCGAUAUUAUAACAGCAUUGGGGACAUCAUAGAUCACUAUCGAAAAGAACAAAUUGUUGAAGGGUAUUAUCUUAAGGAACCUGUACCAAUGCAGGAUCAAGAACAAGUACUCAAUGAUACAGUGGAUGGCAAGGAAAUUUAUAAUACAAUUCGUCGUAAAACAAAGGAUGCCUUUUAUAAAAACAUUGUUAAAAAAGGUUAUCUUCUAAAAAAAGGCAAAGGAAAAAGGUGGAAAAAUUUAUAUUUUAUCUUAGAGGGCAGUGAUGCCCAACUUAUUUAUUUUGAAAGUGAAAAACGAGCUACAAAACCAAAAGGAUUAAUAGAUCUCAGCGUGUGUUCUGUCUAUGUUGUUCAUGAUAGUCUCUUUGGCAGGCCAAACUGUUUUCAGAUAGUGGUUCAGCACUUUAGUGAAGAACAUUACAUCUUCUACUUUGCAGGAGAAACUCCAGAACAAGCAGAGGACUGGAUGAAAGGUCUGCAGGCAUUUUGCAAUUUACGGAAAAGUAGUCCAGGGACAGCUAAUAAACGCCUGCGUCAGGUCAGCAGUCUUGUUUUACAUAUUGAAGAAGCCCAUAAACUCCCAGUAAAACAUUUUACUAAUCCAUAUUGUAACAUCUACCUGAAUAGUGUCCAGGUAGCAAAAACUCAUGCAAGGGAAGGGCAAAACCCUGUAUGGUCAGAAGAGUUUGUCUUUGAUGAUCUUCCUCCUGACAUCAACAGAUUUGAAAUAACUCUUAGCAAUAAAACGAAGAAAAGCAAAGAUCCUGAUAUCUUAUUUAUGCGCUGCCAGUUGAGCCGGCUGCAGAAAGGGCAUGCCACAGAUGAAUGGUUUUUGCUCAGCUCCCAUAUACCAUUGAAAGGUAUUGAGCCAGGAUCCCUGCGCGUCCGAGCACGAUAUUCUAUGGAAAAAAUCAUGCCAGAAGAAGAGUACAGCGAAUUUAAAGAGCUUAUACUGCAAAAGGAGCUUCACGUAGUCUAUGCUUUAUCACAUGUAUGUGGACAGGACCGAACACUACUGGCUAGCAUCCUACUGAGGAUUUUUCUUCAUGAAAGGCUUGAAUCGUUGUUGUUAUGUACACUAAAUGACAGAGAAAUAAGCAUGGAAGAUGAAGCCACUACCCUAUUUCGAGCUACAACACUUGCGAGUACCUUGAUGGAGCAGUAUAUGAAAGCCACUGCUACACAAUUUGUUCAUCACGCUUUGAAAGACUGUAUCUUAAAGAUAAUGGAAAGCAAGCAGUCUUGCGAGUUAAGUCCAUCAAAGUUAGAAAAAAAUGAAGAUGUGAACACUAAUUUAGCACACCUAUUGAACAUACUUUCAGAGCUUGUGGAGAAAAUAUUCAUGGCUUCAGAAAUACUUCCACCGACACUGAGGUAUAUUUAUGGGUGUUUACAGAAAUCUGUUCAGUACAAGUGGCCUACAAAUACCACCAUGAGAACAAGAGUUGUUAGUAUUUCAGAAAUUCUUAGUGUUCCUAAGGACACACCUUCCUCAAAUGGUUUUGUUUUUCUUCGACUUAUCUGUCCUGCCAUCCUGAACCCACGGAUGUUUAAUAUCAUCUCAGAUUCCCCAUCUCCUAUUGCUGCAAGAACACUGAUAUUAGUGGCUAAGUCUGUGCAGAACUUAGCAAAUCUUGUGGAAUUUGGAGCUAAGGAGCCUUACAUGGAAGGUGUCAAUCCAUUCAUCAAAAGUAACAAACAUCGUAUGAUCAUGUUUUUAGAUGAACUUGGGAAUGUACCUGAACUUCCGGACACUACAGAGCAUUCUAGAACUGACCUUUCCCGUGAUUUAGCAGCAUUGCAUGAGAUUUGUGUGGCCCAUUCAGAUGAACUGCGAACGCUCAGUAAUGAGCGUGGUGCACAGCAGCACGUACUGAAAAAGCUUCUGGCUAUAACAGAGCUGCUUCAGCAAAAACAAAACCAGUACACAAAAACUAAUGAUGUCAGGUAGCAGCCUUCGCCGCAGUGUUCUGCAUGGAUUCAGCAUGCCCAACAUGGGGCAGUUCAAAUUUAGUACCAGAGCAAGGCCCAGGGAGAUGAAACUUGAGAUGUUUUUCUGGCUGAUGGUCUCUUUUGAAGGAUUCCAUUAUGUACUUGUUAACGAUUCUUUCCCUCCCAUAACUGUGCAGGGUAGGGACGGCAUACAAGGCGAGCCAGACAGGGAUGUACUGGGUAAAGCAUUUCCCCACUAAAAAAAAAAUUUUCUAAAGGCCUAGGUUCUAAGAGCAACACUUUAAUGCUUAAAAUACAGGAAGAAACAAAGUGUUAAAACUAUACUAUGCAGAAAUUUUGUGAACCCUCAGUAAGCUGCAAGUAUUAAAUGCUGUUAUUUAUAUAGAGGUAGCUAGCCCUGAAGUAGCUGCGAUCACAGUUGAACAGUGAUAGCAAAACACAAACAAACACACCAGGUGCUUUUUCUUGAUGUCAACCCAAUUCCAUAUUUUCCCCUCUGCUUUUCAGUUAGACAAUAGUAUGCCAUUUGGUCUCCUUCCAGGAUAGACUAAAAGGGAUAUGGACAUCUCCGAAAACAUUUCAGCAAUAUGCAAAAAGGUCUAGAUUCUAGUGCUCAGCAAUUUGUUCUCUCCCACUACUCACAUCUCAGUUUUAACCAUGCUGACCUGCCAUUUCUCAAUCUGAACUGCUUCUCCUGCCUUUUAUUUCUAAAAAAAACCCACAAACCUAAAGACACUCUGCUUUUUAAAAUUUUAAUGACAUGCUUAUUAUCUCUUAAGCUGGAAUAGGAAACUUGUCAUUUACCUUUGUAGGCCUUGGAGUAACUUUUAGCUGGUCAAUGAUGAAAUGAAACAUUUUUUUUAAAGGGGCUGGGUAGGAAAAUUUUCAGAGAUUGCUCUGACGCCAAACUUUAGUGACCUAAAAAAGAAACAAGAUAAAUUCGGACCACUGCUUCACCGGGACUGCAGUGAAGGACUGUCAAUUUCGGCUUCUUCCCCUCCACUUUUAUAAAAUCACUCUUCGUGAAUUUUAUUCCUCAGUGAGAAGGAAAUUAAAACAACGCAAACCUAAAAUAUAAAGCAUUAUUAAAGGAUAUACAUAAAUACUACCUUCAAAUACUGAAAUGUAAUUAAAUGGUACCUACACUUUAUGGAAAAGUACAUCCUGGGAUGCACUGAGGAGAGGUUUGCAUCUGUAAAACUCAGAUUUAGGGCAGUUGAGUUUCCCAGAAUUCCUUCAACCCCAUUUUCCAGAAACAAUCUGACAGACCUUCAUAAUUUGGUUCCAACUCUAGGAACUGAGUAAGAUCACAGUUAAAUAACUGAAUAAAUGCUAUAGUAGCCAACAUUCCUUAGCACUUUUAAAACUGACUAGUAACUAAGUUUUGUUUUUUGUGGUGCCUUUUCAGAAAAAGAUAAGUUUGCUUAAUGACAUCUUGUAUAAACAAUAUAGGCAAAUAAAUUACAGCUUUAAUUUGGCUACCACAGAAAGACUGAUUUAAAGACUGAUUUGAUAUUAGUCAUGGUGGGGCAAGAAUACCCAAACCAGGUGCUAUUCUGGCUCCUUUGAAGAUGUUUUAUUUCACAUAAAGCUACCCUGAAAAACUUUUAAAUAACAUAAAUAGAAAAGUUUAAUAUAUUUUGAUGCUUUCACAUUACUUCAUUUUUAAAGUUAAAUGCCAGAUAUGCUUCAUCCUUCUGUUGAGUAGUUAGCAUUGACAAAUCAAUUUCGGAUGGUUAGAGGGAAUCUACCAGGUCAUCGUCAGUCCAUUCUUCCUAAGAAGGAAAGAAAAUGUUAUAAGGAUAACAUUAUACUGAAGCAUAACCAGUACUGUUUACCUUCUUGCCUCCCUUUAGGAAAAUGUUCUCCUUUCGCUAUGCUGAUUAUAAAAGGUAAAUGAACCAGGAAAAUGUGUAGCAGUUUAACCUUAUAAUAAUAUGGCAUGGUCUCACCAGACUAGUCCAGUGACAGGAAUAAACGUUACAGUUGUGAACUUCUGCCUCUGAUUAUUCAUUGUUAUCUGACUUGCCAGGUACAAUUUUUUUUUUAAACAAGGUAGGAGAAGAAUCCUUGAAGAUCUAAAAAUAUAUCCCUACCGCCUUCUAUGACCUUAGGAGGGAUUCUUCAUCAAGUAAUUAUUAUACUGCUUCAGAACAGGCCAAGACAGAAGUGAGAAAAAUUCCUCUAAUAAUGGACAAUGUACAUAAAGGAUGCAAAAAAAGAAAUGAAAGCUUUCCAAUACCCAACACCUCUGUCUAUAAUGCUUGCACUCUGGAACAGUAAAAUCCUAACAUUAUGGUUGUACCAGAAUAUACAGCAAUGAUAACUUAAAAUUUACCUUUGGAGAACAUACCUCCUCAUGUUUGGAUUUCUUUGAGACAUAAUCAUCAUCUUCAUAACCUUUCCUCUUUUUCCUGUAAUUAAGCAACCAUCAACAAGCAAUCUUAUACUGGCAACAGAAUCUAUAAGCUAACAAGGCUAUGAGAUACAUCUAUUGAAGAACAAAGCCUGGAUAAAGGGAAAGAGGUGAAAAAUUAUGGACAGGAAGACAAUAUCUUUCAAAUUCCUCUGAAUUCAAUGCAAUUCUAAUUAAAAUUCUAAAAAAUUUUUCAUGGAGCUUAUCAAGUCAAACUCUGACCUGGGAAAGAUGCUGCAAAAAUAGCAAAAGAAUCUGAAAAAGAACAAAGCAUGGGGAGCUCGUCCCACUUAACAUCAAAACACAUACUAUAUAUGUAAACUAAGUAAUUAAAAGUGUGGUAGUCAUCCCUUGGUAUGAGGGGGAUUGGUUCCAGGACCCCCCAUAGAUACCAAAAUCCCUGGAUGCUCAAGUCCUUUAUAUAAAAUGGCAGCAGGACAGUUGGUGCUCUGCAUCUGCACAUGCAGAGGGCUGACUAUCAGCAAAGAGUUACAAGUACCAAUGAUCAGAGCAGACAGGCAAAAAACAACAAAGUAUAUAUAGGGAUUUAAUCUGUAAUAAAUGAGUAUUUAAAAUAACUAGAAAAAAUCAUGAAAUAUUUUUAAAUGGCUGGCACAACAGUUAACUUAUUUGAACAAAAAUUAAUAUUAUGAGAUUUCUACCUCAAACCAGGCACAAACAAUUGUAAAUUGCUUUUACAGCUGAACAAAAGGCAAAAUAAAAUAUUGAUUAAUUUAGGGUAAGAAAGGUGUUCAGAUGUAAGAGUGUGAAGCAAAAGACAAGGUGCCUAAAUAACAAAGUGAAAGAAACAAUAGAAGAAAAUAGCUGUAUGAUAUAUAUAGAAAGAUGAGUAUAUAAAAAGAACUACAAGAAAAUAACACCAGAAACUUGGGCACGGGUUAUAAUUAUGCAAUACAGAAGAAACACAAAUGAUUGUUAAACACAGAAAUAUCAAUGCUUCAAAGUAUUAGGGGAAAUGCAAAUUAAAAUACCAACAUGAUACUAUUUUUUCACCCAGACUGGCAAAAGUUAAAGAUUGAUACUAUUAAAUGUUAUACAAUUUAUAUGAAAACAAUGAAAAGAAAACUUAUUUCAUAUACACAUACACAGAGAAAAGCCUGGCAAAGGUAAAACACCAACUAUAUGUUACCUCUCAGUUGAAACUGGAAUUUAGGUUUUGGUCAAAGAGAACUUUGGUUUACCUGUAUUAACUGGCUUUAAUAAUGACAAUAUAUUAUUGUGUGUUGAAAAA